CACAGCUGUUUUGUCAUCAAUCUCUUUUAACCCUGUGUAGUGAAAAAUCUAACUUUUAAAUCCUAAUCGAUUCUAAGUCUUGGUUUGUCCAUGCGCCUGGAAAAUGGUUGAAGAAGCCAUAUACUCCAGCAAUAAACCCAAAGUGAAAACAGAACGUCCCAGGCCAGUUUAUCUAUGGACAGUCCACGAUGUACAAAAGUGGUUGAGACGCCACUGUGGGGAUCAUCAUCCGUUGUAUUGGGAAUUAUUUUUGCAGCAUGACAUAACUGGACGUGCUCUAGUGCGCAUGCACGAAAACACCCUUCUUAGGCUGGGAAUUGUGAACCCGCAACAUCGUGAGGACAUUUGGCGUGAAAUAAUGAAACUGCGACUGAAGACUGAUAUUUUAGAAAUACGUGAUCUUGAAAGAAAAAAUAAUUCAAAUUAUGACUAACAAGAUUGUUUCAAUGCAUUUUCCUCUAACAAUGUUUCUGUGAUCUUGAUGACUGAUUUUUGCAUAUGACGAAAUUUUUAUUUUUUGCUGUAGGACAGUACUUUGUUUUCUACAAAUGAAUUUUAACUUUGUGUGUCAUUGUAUUUUAAUAAAACUUUUCAAUAAUGGCUUUCUUGAAGCCAGAACUUUA